AUGGCCCCAGGACUUUUGGUCCAUCUCAUUCUGCUCCUGAGCCUUCAGACCCUGACUAUUCAAGCUGCUGACACCUGUCCAGAAGUGAAGGUGGUGGGUCUGGAAGGUUCCGACAAGCUCAGCAUUCUCCGAGGCUGCCCGGGCCUGCCCGGAGACCCAGGACAAAAAGGAGAGUUGGGCACACCAGGUGCUCAAGGUCCACCUGGCCCUCCUGGGAGUGCGGGACCCAAAGGUAGGAACGGAGAGCCCAGCCAGCCAGAGUCCUGUACCACAGGACCCCGGAGCUGCAUGGAGCUCCGCACGAGGGGACACACCCUGAGCGGCUGGCACACCAUCUACCUCCCUGACUGCCGGCCACUGACAGUGCUGUGUGACAUGCACACGGAUGGCGGGGGCUGGAUCGUUUUCCAGCGGCGGAUUGACGGCUCCGUGGACUUCUACCGGGACUGGGCCGAGUACAAGCGUGGCUUUGGCAGUCAGCUGGGAGAGUUCUGGCUGGGGAAUGACAACAUCCACUCCCUGACUGCUGAGGGCACCAGUGAGCUCCGGGUGGACCGUGAUUCUCUGAAAGCCCAGGACAACAAUUUCUUCACCACCAAAGACCAGGACAACGACCAAUACAGCAGCGGGAACUGUGCUCAGACGUACAAGGGAGCCUGGUGGUACGCGAGCUGCCACUCGACAAACCUCAACGGUCUCUACCUUGGCGGGUCCCAUGCGAGCUCUGCCGAUGGCAUCAACUGGUACUCAGGGAAGGGGUACAACUACAGCUACAAGAUGUCAGAGAUGAAGCUGCGACCCACCUAA